AAAUAACCUGGUAAAAUAGGUAAAGCCCCCCAACCAAAUAGGAAUUAAAAUAAAUAGAAGUGUUUUAAGUCAAAACAGUGCAAACAUGUCAAAAGUGAUCUUAGACCAGCAUAACCUAUAUUACACAAGGCAACUAGAAAGAUGGCCAACCUAUCGUUCAACACAGUCUUUCAGACACCUCUCUGUAUCUAUUCUGCAACUUCAUUUUAAGCACAAAGUUACCUGCUUUGUCUUUAAAAUAGUUCUGGACACAGGUAUGAAUAAGUUCUGUCAGCAGCUAGCUCAUCACUCUGCUUAUAAUGCUUUAAUUUCUUCCAUUUACCAGUAUUAUCCAUCAGUAAACCAUAAGACAGUGUUUAUUACGGGCAAUGUCCCUGCCCAUGGCAGGGGGGUUGGAUCUGGAUGAUCUUAAGGUCCUUUCCAACCCUAACUAUUCUAUGAUUCUGGAUUUGAAAGCGUUAACCUAGGACAAGAAAGCUGUUACCAUUCAUAACGAACACCAGCAUUCACUACUCCGUACAGUUCACUUCUAGGUCUGAUGUGGGACAACUGAUAGUUGAGAGCACAUGCAAAUUGUUAGUCCUGGUCUCAUGUAUAUCUUAAAAUGUGUUUGGUAACUUCUGCCUGUAUGUUAACAUGCCAUUUGGAAUACUGAUGUACCAGUAAUAAAGAUGUGAUGCUUACCUUGUUUUCUGAACAGAACUAAUACAGUAUUUUGAUGUAUCACAGGUAAAUUUUUCCAUAACCUUAUGGAGAAAAAGGACUUUGAAGCAUGGCUUGAUAACAUUUCUAUUACAUUUCUUUCUCUGACGGACUUGCAGAAAAAUGAAACUCUGGAUCACCUGAUUAGCUUGAGUGGAGCAGUCCAGCUCAGGCACCUCUCCAAUAAUCUAGAGAUUCUCCUCAAGAGGGACUUCCUCAAGCUUCUUCCAUUGGAGCUUAGUUUUUAUCUGUUAAAAUGGCUUGAUCCUCAGACUUUACUCACAUGUUGCCUCGUCUCUAAGCAGUGGAACAAGGUUAUAAGUGCCUGUACAGAGGUGUGGCAGACUGCAUGUAAGAAUUUGGGUUGGCAAAUAGAUGACUCUGUUCAGGAUCCUCUACAUUGGAAGAAGGUUUACCUAAAGGCUAUUUUAAGGAUGAAGCAGCUGAAGGACCACGAAGCCUUUGAGACAUCCUCUUUAAUUGGACACAGUGCCAGAGUAUAUGCACUUUACUAUAAGGAUGGACUUCUGUGUACAGGAUCAGAUGACUUGUCUGCAAAACUGUGGGAUGUAAGCACAGGACAGUGCAUAUACGGUAUCCAGACACACACUUGUGCUGCAGUGAAGUUUGAUGAACAAAAGCUUGUAACAGGAUCUUUUGAUAACACAGUAGCCUGUUGGGAAUGGAGCUCUGGGGCAAAGACACAGCAUUUUAGAGGACAUACUGGUGCAGUUUUCAGUGUGGAUUACAAUGAUGAACUUGAUAUUCUGGUCAGUGGCUCUGCAGACUUCACUGUGAAAGUAUGGGCCUUAUCAACAGGAACGUGCCUGAAUACCCUCACUGGACACACAGAAUGGGUCACUAAGGUAGUUUUGCAGAAGUGCAAAGUCAAAUCUCUUAUGCAUAGUCCUGGGGAUUAUAUUCUUCUAAGUGCAGAUAAGUAUGAAAUCAAGAUUUGGCCUAUUGGAAGGGAAAUAAACUGCAAAUGCUUAAAAACACUGUCUGUUUCUGAGGAUCGCAGCAUCUCCCUACAGCCCAGGCUGCACUUUGAUGGCAAAUACAUAGUGUGCAGUUCAGCCCUAGGAUUAUACCAGUGGGACUUUGCCAGCUAUGAUAUUCUCAGGGUUAUCAAGCCUCCUGACUUCUCAAAUGUUUCCUUGCUGGGCUUUGGAGAGAUAUUUGCUCUACUGUUUGAUAACAGAUACCUGUAUAUAAUGGACUUGAGGACAGAAAAACUGAUAAGCCGCUGGCCUCUACCAGAGUACAGAAAAUCUAAGAGAGGCUCAAGCUUUUUGGCUGGUGAAAUGUCUUGGUUAAAUGGACUUAAUGGACAAAAUGACAUGGGCUUGGUUUUUGCCACCAGUAUGCCAGACCAUAGUAUCCAUUUGGUGUUAUGGAAAGAACAUGGCUGAGCCACUCACAUGUGCAGCAUCUUCAGGAAUCUGUGGACUAUCAGCAGCGUGUCCAUAAAAUGAGACUUUGCAUGAACCAAAGUUGCACACCUAAUGGUAUCAUCAUGCAAUGCACAAUCACUUACUUUUAUUUGGGCAUUUGGGAAUGGGUUGUUUUGGACAUAAUGCAAUACAGCAUGCCAACAGUAUUCACCACAAAAUUCUGUCUGUACUCAUGUUUAAACAUACCUAUCUGGGCUCUGGAGCAUAGCUUGUAACAUUUAAACCAUUCAAAUCCACCACUGAGAUUGAAAUGAAGUAGUGCUUGACCUGACUUCUGAUCUAUUUUUUGAUGUUGAAACAGGAGGUGAAGCUACUAUUUUAGAACCAUAGGCUUGUGUACAUGUAACAGCAAAUACUGGUUACAGUGCAUGGCUGCUCACUGCAAAUGGGAAGACGGCAAACCCUUUCUCUCUCCAGCAUCCUUCUCUUCAAAAUGUUUUUUCCUAAUGAUAGCUUUAAAUACUUAGCCUUUGAAAUAAAGGAAUCAAGUGAGUUCUUUAACUAGGAUCAGAUGCUAACUAUAAUAAUUUAAGUUUGGGAACAUGUCAAUGUGAACUCUCCUCAGUGAAAAUGAACCACCUUUCCAUCUGUCUGAUAGAGCUUGCCAUCACAACCUUAGAGAACCUCUGGGUAUUCAUCAUAUUUGCUGAUGGUAACUCAGAAUGGCUUGACCAGUAUUUUUAUAGGCCACAUUUCCUAUAGUUUGUGUGAGAACAUAAUUUAGUUCACAGGGAGGUUGAACAUCAUCUUCCCAUUCAUCUGAGUUCUAUCUCUACAGCAUCACUCUCUUAUACUAAAUGAUACCUAGCAGCCAUUCAUUCUUUCCAGACAUUACAUUUAAGAUAAUCCUGCACUUCAAGUAGUUGCUACAUCUAGGUUUGGAAAGUGGGGGCAAAUAACAGUGAGAAUGCCACAUCUCUGGGGGAAAAUAAGAAGUAAAAGUCUGAAGUAUAGGAGCAGGAAAAGGUCUUUUGCUUUGAUCAUCAUAGGAGACCUGAUGUACACACCAGUCAACUAUCGAGUAGCAAAUGCCUGUCCACAUACUUUUGUGGUAUUUGACAUGUACUUAAAAGCUGUAUGUAUGACAACACCUGGUUUAGAAAUGCUUUAGGUUGGUUUCCCCUUCUCCCUUACAAUAAAAUGUCCCCUUAAUGUCUUUCUUUGUUUUCACAAAUUGAAAACAUGAAUUUUCAUGAA